UUCCGAAGCAAGGAUGGCUACCUCUGAUGGUAUUUUAUCCCUCUCUUAGGAAGUUUGCCAGGUCUGCCAAACCGGGUAACAAGCCUUGCACGGGUCCCAUUACUACAGUGUCUAGCGCGGUUCUGGCGCUUAUUAGUCCCUUGUAAAUCCUUCCGAAUGCUAUGAGAAGACCAUCUCGACUUGUACAUAGUAGUAAAGUGUCCCCGUGGAUAAGGAAUAUCGCAUUUACCGAACGCCCCGGUAGUACGCCAUCAUGGCCGCAACGGAAUAUUCCGUAGAGGAAGACCUCGUCAGCUCGGUCACGGAGUACGUCAGGUCGUAUAUGUCGAAUUACGACGGCUCUCAUGAUUUCAACCACAUCAAACGCGUUGUAGGACUUGCCAAAUACAUCCAUCAUCACUCACCCGACACCAACUCGCGAGAUCCGCAGGUUAUCGUCUUAAGCGCCCUUCUACACGAUGUAGGAGACAAGAAAUAUCUACAGCCGGGUGAAGAUGCUUCAACCCUGGUAUGUGAGCUCCUUCGAUCUUUAGGUGCAGCGGAGCAACUUGCGAAGCGGGUUCAAGUAGUCUGCCUAGGUGUCAGCUAUUCGAGCGAGACCAAGGAUCCGGCUCGAGUUCAGGAUCUCAUCAAGACUCACCCCGAACUAGCUGUAGUUCAGGAUGCUGACAGGCUUGAUGCUAUUGGAGCAAUCGGUAUUGGAAGAGUCUUUACCUUCACUGGUGCUCGGACCAAGGCCUCCAUGGAUAAUGCCAUCCAGCAUUUCCACGACAAGCUGCUGAAACUUGAGAGCAUGAUGAAGACAGACGUCGGGCGAGAGCUUGCUAGAGCAAAAACCGAAAAGAUGCAAGAAUUCCUCAAGUGGUGGGACGAAGAAGAUGCCUUUUCUAGCAGCUUACCAACCCCUUAAUAUUUGCUCCAUUUCCCGCUAUUGCUAUUACCUAUAUAUUGUUUGCACAUAGCCUUCUAGGAUUACAAUUUGAAACCCUAUCUAUACCAGAGAGACUUUCGUCAAACCUAGGUAGCUGUUAUGCGUUUUUCUGCAGAGAAGAAACUGGCGCCUUCAUGAAAAGCAAUCAUGAAAGGCGCGUC